AAAUUACUGGUUUAUCUAUAUAAUCUGUAUGCACUAGCAGGGUUUGUUAGUUUAGCUAUAUAGGCAAAAAAAUAUAUGUUAAUGUAGAGUAAACCUUUGGCCUGAUUCCAUGCAACGAAGAAUAUAGAAUGCAAACAAUAAAGCAUACUUAAAAAAAUGUUACUUACACCUCAUGUCUCUUCAGAUUUUUCCUACCAUCAUACACAGAAGCACUCAUGGUUGGGUAACUUUGAUUAGUCAUUCCUCCACAGAAAUAAUGAGACUGCAAAGUAGCCACAGGUUAAACAGUGAAAGUAGUAAAAAUAGAAAUCCUGUUAUGUGGUUAAGCCCUUAGAGAACCUUAAUUUCCAUGUUAAAUUUGCAUGUUUUUAGGAGGCUGCUGUGGAAAUCAGAUAGGAGCCUUACAGCAUAAUGUGAUAGGUGAAAAUGAAAUCAUAGCAGAGGGUGUGCUUUUUGUAAAUGCAAGAACAGGAAAAAGUAUGCAUCCAUGAAAGGCCCAGUAAAGUCUUUAUCUCCCUGUCCUUCUGUAAGAACAAUUUGUGCAGGCAUGGAUGAGUACAGCCGCUUUGUGGAUUGGGACAAGAUGGAUGCCAGCAUCCAGAACCAGGACCCAAAGGAGUUAACUUGCACAGAAUUCCAGGAGCUGAAACAGCUGGCCCGACAGGGCUACUGGGCCAAGAACCACUCUUUGCGAGCCAAAGUAUUCCACAAACUCAUUAGUGACAUUCCAUGUCGCACAGUGACACCAGAUGCAAAUGUGUACCGUGACAUUGUUGUGAAGAUAGCUGGCAAACGUAAUAGUGGCACCCUCCCACUGCCAGAGUUUGUGGAUAAUAGCCUGGUUCCCACUUACUGCUUGAAUGCUGAGGGCAUUGUGGCUGUCAGGAAGAUAAUUUCCUGCAUUGGUAAUCAAUUCCCUGACAUAUCAUUCUGCCCAGCACUGCCUUCUGUGGUUGCUCUGCUCCUCCACUACAGCCAGGAUGAGGCAGAGUGUUUUGAGAAGGUGUGUCGCAUCCUUGCUUGCAAUGAUCCCUCCAAACGCCUCAUUGAUCAGACUUUCCUGGCUUUCGAGUCCUCCUGCAUGACCUUUGGUGACUUGGUUAACAAGUAUUGUCAGGCAGCACACAAGCUGAUGGUAGCAGUAUCUGAGGAUGUGCUAGAAGUAUACUCUGACUGGCAACGGUGGCUCUUUGGAGAACUGCCCAUGGUAUAUAUUGCUCGGGUCUUUGAUGUAUUUCUGGUGGAGGGCUACAAGGUGCUGUACCGGGUUGCACUGGCCCUUCUCAAAUUCUUUCAUAAAGUAAGAGCUGGGCAACCUAUGGAGUCAGACAAUAUUCAACAGGACAUUCGCACUUUUGUGAGGGACAUUGCCAAGUCAGUGUCUCCUGAGAAGCUCCUGGAGAAAGCCUUUGCCAUACGACUUUUUUCCAGGAAGGAGAUCCAGCUUCUACAGAUGGCCAACGAGAAGGCCUUGCAGCAAAAAGGCAUCACAGUCAAACAGAAGAGUGUUACAGCUCCUAAAAGGCAAAAUGUGCACUUGGCAGUUCAUGCCGAGAACUUCAAGUCUGAAAUAGUCAGUGUGAAAGAAAUGAGAGAUAUCUGGUCAUGGAUCCCAGAGCGCUUUGCACUUUGUCAGCCCCUUUUGCUUUUCACCACUUUGGAGCAUGGUUGCAGCCUGAACAGGUUUUAUUCUCACAUUGAGGGACAUGAGCCAACUCUUCUCCUAAUCAAGACGACAGCCAAAGAGGUCUGUGGAGCAUAUUUGUCAACAGACUGGAGCGAGCGCCGGCGAGGAGGAAACAAGCUGAGUUUUUUCGGGACUGGAGAGUGCUUUGUGUUCAGGUUGCAGCCAGAAGUGGAACGCUAUGAGUGGGUGAUAAUCAAGCACCCGGAGCUGGCAAUGGCUGGUUCUGAACGAGGGAGUCAUUCCACACAGGCUUCCAGUGCCACAUCCUUCAGUUCUGUCCCCUUAGACCCAUCAGAUCGCCUUUCCCCCUUCCUUGCUGCUCGGCACUUCAACUUGCCUUCCAAAACGGCUUCUAUGUUUAUGGCUGGCAGCACCGAGUGUAUCAUCAUAGGAGGUGGUGAUGGCCAAGCUUUCUACCUCGAUGCAGACCUGAACCAUGGGAGAACCAGCCACUGCAAUACCUUCAAUAAUCAGCCACUGUGCUCUGAAAACUUCCAAAUCUCUGUUUUGGAGGUGUGGGGGUUCAAGGACACCUUGAGUGUCUGAGCCCCCAAACAAGCUCACAAUGUCUCAGAAUUCUCAAGACAGACCAAUAGUAAUGUAAGAGCUAGCACAAGUUAUCUUGGGCUUGUUAUCAUUUCAUACUGACUAAAGAGCAUGCUAAAAAUGCAGGGCUUAGCUAUUUACUUGUUGCAUAGAAAGAUGCAAUAGUAAAGGGCUAGAUGAUGCAGCUGGUUAAUUCCUUAGCUGCUUACUUCUAGAGACCUGGGUUCAAAUACCACUUUCAGUAACAAGUGGGACUAUGGUGAUUUCAGUCUGCUCCAAAGCAGACUUCUGUCCAUAUUGUAGAAUCACCACACAGACCAAUGCAGUUCAGGUCUAAGGCCUAGGACGUGCUAAGUGGAACUGAGGUAUGUUGGCAGAGCUCCAUGGCACUUGUACAGUGCCUGACUUAAGCCAGUGAUGUCAAGCUUUCAACUUGCAGGAAUACCCUACAAUCUACAAAAUAUAAACCACUGUCUUGUCUCAAAUAAGAUCAGUAUCCUUCUACAAAGAGACUCUAACUGUAGUUCCUACAGCCAGGCAGGCUCAUGUGGUCCUUUUCAUCACUCAUUCAUGAACAAGUUAGAAAAGCCCUUGACUUGUGGAAGGAACAAUGAUUGUUAAUUAUGUUUUUCCUUGCAUCUGAUACCCACUCGUGUUCUAGUUUCAUUUUCCUGUCGAGUUUGCUCCUCUGUAAAAGGUAUUGUCUGGACAAUGGUUUCUCAGAGGGCUGACUUUGUGUUUACAUUCUUAUUCCAUAUCAGCAUAAUGACUUCAAAUUAUAAUAUGACUUGCGGGUCAGGCAGCUAAAAUCAGCAGGGUAUAUGCAGUGUACAAAUUCUCAUCUGUUUUCAUUUGUCAUGGCAGCUAAGAUGAGGCUUUGCACCAGGAAGUGAUAACUGUCACAAUGGGACAAUGUGGGGGAAGACUUGAGGCAAUGUUAGCCAUUGAAUACAGUAACUCAGUGAUUUUUCUAAAGGGAAAUUGAUACGGUGAGGUGAUUCUUCUUCCAAUGCAGAAAGCCAAGCAUACUUAUCAAUGUCAGUCUUAUGCCUGGGAUUGUACAAGUUCCUGAGAGAGGCUGUAGGGGAUGCUGUUCCUCUAUCUCAUGAGUCUGCCAGGUGAGACUAAUGCUUCAUCCAGUCCCUCCCUCCAUGUGAAAGGCAAGCUGCUUUGCUAGCAAUGACUUUUUGGUGCAGGUUAGACAAGGCAGAAAAGGCUUCUCUGGCUCCCUUAAGUUCUCCUGGGUCUCUUCCCCAAUUGUGCUUUGUUAUCUUGAGUGAUUAAAAGUGAUUUCCCAUUGCCUGAGAUUUAAUUAGCUGCCUGGAUUUGGGACUGGUACGUACUAAGCAGGGGGAGGACAUUUCAAUGCUCAUUGGGGACCGGUAUGAGCAAAAAAAUUGGAGAAUUCUCUACAUAGCUCAGACAGCUCACCAGUAAAGGGGAGAUCUCUAACUAAAUGGAGGAAAGGGGAAUGCUGUUUCUUCUGGAGAUAUACACCUAGAUGACUGCACUAAACUGGGGACUCUUAAUGGUUAUUUUUUAUGCUGGAUUUCUUUCAUAAAGCAAGAUCAAAAUGUGCAGUCCCAAUCAGUGGCUCAGUGGGCUAAGCAAGGUCUUGUUAGAAUCCGAUUCAGUUAGACUUAGAGUCCAAUUCAGCUGACUGGCUUGCUCACUGUCUACACACUGUAGAUGUGUAGCUACAGUCUACAGUCUACACACUGUCGAUGCCUGAUGCAAGCUGUAUUCUGUGUGAAGUGAGCUUCUGGCACCUAGCCUUGCACCUGGCAUAGGUGACUAGGAGUCCAGUGAGUGAAGUUAUCGCAUUGCCUACAUUAGUUCCCAGGUUUUAAUUGACUAAACCAAGACCCUUUCUCCUCCAGGUAGUCUUAGAGCACAGGUUCACUUUUAAAGUCUCAGGGUUCUGAAAUGUCAGUUCACUCCUUAAUUCUACCAGAAGGAAUAUAACUUCAGCCACACUCUAACCAAUAGAUUACAAAAGCAAGCAGUCAUUGUCCAAUAUUCCUUGCAAAAGUUGCACACGCAAAUUUUGUGCACAGCUGCCUGCUAUCAAAUAUGUCUUAUUCAAAAUACUGUUUAUUUUUGUGUCCAGCUUUUUGAGGAGGAAAACAGGCCCUCCUGCUGGCAGUACAAGGAGCCACUUUGAAAACAGAUUUCCACCCACUGGGAUGGAGGGAUCCUUGGAAAUAAGAACAGGGAAGGUUCACUAGUUUAGUUCAAGCAUAGUUUAGUUCAAGUCCCAAAUACAAUAUCCCAAAUCUUUGUCUUGGGAGUAAAUCAGCCAGUUCCCAGAUAGUUUCUGCCCAAGAUGGUUAAUUGCACUGAUAGUAUGGAGAGCUCCAGUCCCUGAAAUGAGAUCUGGACUUCCUUCCAAAGCAAAGGAGAAAAUAACCAAGGUGACAGAUUUAUAUUUAGUAGGUUGAGCUCCAGAUAGCUCCUCUUCAGCCAGAUCACUGUUCAGGUAUCACUAGAAGGGUUCCUAAACCUGCUGAUGCUCUCCAGGUGAUGCUGCUGAGUAUAGCCUGGGAAAACAAGUGAGAACUGUGUUCCAUAGACGGUCACUUCAUUAACUGCUCUGACAUGGGUAGAUCAUAUCUCAGUAGUGAGCAAUGUAAAAAUCCCCUUGGUGCCUUUAACUCAUUGUGUCUGCUUCUCAAAAUAAGACUUCUCCAGAUUGGUACUUGACCUGAAAAGGCAGUGACAUGGAGGUGGUGGGGUAUGGUUAAUGCAUCUUUUGACAGAGCUGGGAGCAGCUGAUACAAUCUAACUGCACCUGUUACUAUUGAUGGAAAAGAGCCUUGACAAUUAUACAGUGUUUUACAAGCUCCUGGCAAGUGCUUCCUUCUGCCUGUCAGAUACUGGAAAGUAAAUGCCAUAUCACUCUUUGAUACUUAUUAAUACCCUAUCAUCUUUGCUUGUGCAAAAGAUUAAUUCAGAUAUCUUUAGAGGGAUCUUCUAAAUAUAUUUUCCCUGGCCCUCAUCCUCCCAGAUUGUCUACAGUUUGCUCUCUCCCUCAAGCUGUUUGUUGGCAAGAGCAAAUGAAUCUUGCCUAAAGCAAUUCACUUCACUUUUUCUGUCUGCAAAAUACAGCCAGAGAUCAGCAGAAAUGUUUUAAUUUUCACGUCUCCCUCCCACCUGUACUGUACAUAGCAAUAGAGUUUAAGUGUCAUAGUUAUCUUGCUCCUCAAAUCAUAUCUGAAAAGUCCCUUCCCUCUCUUCCCCCAGUAUGUUUGGGUGGAAGCAUGACCUCAUGAAAUAGCAGGAAUAGAAGCUGGUGUGACAAACUUGGUUUUAGAAAUACUAGCAUGAUUUUUUCUUCCAUAAAGCCUGAAGGAAGUUAAGCAUGCAUUUGUACCAAAAAUCUAUGGGAUUUAGGCACCUGACUCUCAGGUCCCUUAGAAAACCAGGGUAAUAGCAGCCUCUAAAUCCUCUCACAGCUAGGGCCCACAAAAAACCCUUAGAACAUAUAUAGGUAGUCAUUUGCAGAAAGACAGCAAGCUAAAAUUAAGACUCCACUUCAUAAAGGAGGUCAUUACAAUGGGUGUUGGAUGUCUGUGGCUAGUAAUUUCUAAGGAAACAUCUUUGCAGUUGGAAAGGGAAUAUAAACGUUACCUUUGGAGCACUUUUGUGGGGGAGGAGGGAGGCCAUUAUAUAGAGUGGACCUUGUGCUGGGAAGAUCCUGUUGCAUGAAUCCUGCUUUGGAAAUGGUGGCUCACAAGUCUGUGAACUUGUCACAGAAGUAACUUCUCCCUUCUGCCAGAUGGAUAGGGAAGCUGAUCAUAUCUAGGACUAUUUUUCUUUGUUCAUAUCAAUACCAGCAGCGUCAGUUUGCAAGAGUUGGUGCUAAAAAUGUCAUUAAGGCAAGUAUUUAAGAAAAAAAAUCCUAAAAGACCAAUUUAGUAUUUGUACAUUCUGUGUCUGAACAUUGCACUUGCAGAGAAGCUGCAGUAAUCUAUCACGGGGGACUGUACAAAGUUCUUUCUUUUGUGUGCUGCUUUUGUAAUUGCUCAGUAAAUACUAAUGCUUUUUGUGUGUGUGUGUGUGUGUGUGUGUGUAUAUAUGUGUGUGUGUGUGUAUAUAUGUGUGUGUGUGUGUAUAUAUGUGUGUAUAUGUAUAUAUAUAUAUCAUUCUCUUUAAAUGGGGAGCCAUAGCUCUGUAACCUGAGGGAAUUUCCUUUCCAGUGACAAAGUUGUCUGUGCAAUUAAAGAGUAAAACAGAAAUCUAUCCAGGUUCAUGGAUCUUGGUGCAAUCAUGGUCCAUAUGCCCCAUGCAGAGCUCUUGGGGCUGAGCUUACAGACCAGUUUUUGAGAAGACUGCUACAGUGGUGGCUUAUCAGAGAAUUGCAAGUAUCCUAAUGGCUCCUACUGUGAAGUCCGUUAACAUUAUAGUGCUUCUGAAUAGCUGCUGAUAAUGUACACUCCCUCUGGGAAGAAUACUCCUAAUGGCAUGGCAGGGGUGGUAUUGAGUGCCAUUUGACUAUGCUGUUCAUAUAAAGUCAAGGUUUUGGCUUUUGAGAAGUCAUUGCUGCCCUUUUGGAAGUGAAUCUCUGAUUUCCUGAGGAAACAUUUUUGCUCUGUAAUAUUUUAGUAGCCAGGAGGAUUCCUGGGAAGGGAAAGCAGAUAAGACUAGAAACCCUCAGACAGCUGAAACUGGACUGAAGUUACUGUUAAUAGCUUCUGAGUUGCUUGCAGUCCAGAGGCCAGCUGUUAUCCAGUCCCAUGUGUCUGGCAUUUGAGCGUCUUGGAAGUUAAUUGUUUCCUGAAAGAUAUGCGCUGUUUGAUUACUUUUCAUCUUUUUCUCAAUGGAAAGGUGACACAAAAGGAAACUCUCUUCUGUGUUAAACUCUUUUGCUAUAGGAUGAGAUAAAAUAGGCUGUUAUUUAAAGAAUUAAAUUCAUCAACAGAAUUCUGUUUAAGCCAAAAGAAAACAACAUCUUGCAUAUCAAUCAACUCCUCCUGUGUGUGCGUGUGCAUAUGUGUUUGUGUGUGUAUCACCUUUCUGAUCUCUCUGCGUGUGUUUGAGUAUGUGCAUGUGGAUUUAAAUCCUAUCUUUACCCCCAUUGGAAUCUGUGUCCUACUUUGCUGAGGAAUCUUGAGUUUACACUGCCUUGGUGACAAUGCAGUCUCCAUGACAACAAUCCAUGAUGUUACAGCCAGUGGGGACUCAGACCCACCUGCAGCUAGGGCAAAGAAAAAGCUCAGCUGUUGCUAUCACCAUUUGGAAUACUCCAGGGAAAUGGAGCACCGAGAGUUUUGGAUGCUAUCUCAUCUUUAUGUGAUACCAGCUAUGUCUUGUGAUCCAGCCCCUUUCUGAGAUGAUUUUUUUUUUAUUAGUAGUCUGUCAAUAGUUGAUGUGACUGUGUAGAUUUUUCUGUAUGUUGUUUUUCUCAAGGUGAUUGUAGUGCUGCCUAAUUGUGACUUUUGAGGUUGUGCAAUUAUGGUCCUCAUAUGGUCCUCACUGUUGGUGUUGAAUGUUUCUGUGUUUGUACAGAAUUUGAAUUGUACACAAAAAUAAACAUGAAACCUUUUGGCUUCACCCUU